UUGCAUCACGAUCGCAUGACGUUCGACGGUCGCUUUGUGCGACCGUUCGGAGUCAUGCAGACGGAGCAUGUAUGUUGGUACCCGAAAGAUGGUGAACUAUGCUUGAGCAGAACGAAGCCAGAAGAAACACUGGUGGAAGUUCGUGAUGGUGUUGACGUACAAAUCACUCGUCACAUCUGUGUUUAUGGGAAAAAGACUGAUCGAGCCAUCUAG